GGAUACUCAAUCCGUGUAUAUAUAUAGAUAUAGCCUCUCCUGGUGAUUUAGAGACGAUACAAUGUUGUUGAAAAGACAUCGCUCGUCUGAGGAAGAAUUGCUACCCCACGAUGUAAUAGAACUCAUCCUCGAGAGACUUCCCGUGCAGGCUCUGCUUGUAUUUAGGUCUGUAUCCAAGAAGUGGAAAUCAACAAUCGAUUCCCGACGAUUCAAGGAACGACGUCUGCAGCGCCGUAGGCACUCAAGAGGUGUCUAUGUCCUUUUCCUGUGUGUCAAUGGUGAAAAUACUCUCAAACGAGAUGAUAAUCGAGUAUUUAGCUUCGGGUCAUCAGUAGCUAGGACAGGCAGGAUCCCUAAUUCGGGCCCCUUGUUCUGCUAUGGCAGUUGUGAUGGUAUUGUAUGCCUCUACGGUAUCCACACACCGAGUAUUGUGGUGAAUCCCGCAACUGGAUGGUAUCAGAAUUUUCCUCUUUGCAACUAUCAACAGCUCUACAUCCCUAGGUUCGAUAAAAAAGAUGUCAACUUCCCAAGUCCAAAGCUUGGACUCGGUAAAGAUAAAUUAACGGGCACGUACAAGCCGGUUUGGUUAUAUAAUUCAUCCAUAUUUGGCCUAGAGAAUGCUACUACUUGUGAGCUUUUCGAUUUUACCACCAAUGCUUGGAGGUACGUUGUCCUUGCUUCUCCUUAUCAGAUCAAUGCUUACCAUAAACCGGUAUAUUUAGAUGGGUCACUUUAUUGGUUCACCGACUGUGAAGAACCCAAGGUACUAUCUCUCGAUCUUCACACCGAAACUUUCCAAGUCAUAUGUAAAGCUCCCUUUGCCCAUCCAUGUGACCCUCGUCAGCUCACCAUGUGCAUCCUCGAUAACCGCUUGUGCGUAUCUGAGAAAAAAUGGCCCACCCAAGUCAUAUGGUCGUUCCAUCCUUCAGGCAAGACAUGGAACCAAAUGUGUUGCAUAGAUCUCACCCAAACUUUUUCGUGGUUUGGUGUACCCAAGUUUGCCCUCUCACCGAUAGCAAUUAUGGACAAGGGUAAGUUAUUGCUUCAAGGUCGUGAUACCUCCCACGCACUGGUGAUACAUGAUCUCCAUACCAAAUCCUAUGAAUUUCUCUUCAAACCUUCCAGACCCGUAGGUUCUGUUUAUUAUUUCGAGAGUUUAUUUUCUGCUUUGUCAAAUUAACUUGUCUCUUUCUUUUCUUUGUACCCAUGAUGAACCAUUGUAAUUUAACA